UAGUAAUCACGUUUCCUUUAGACAGUUCAGCCAAAUGGAGUGGCUGUUAUGUAAGUGCUGUGCGAAGUGAAAGCGGCUCCGGGGAGGGUUGGAGUGCUCGAGAGUUUUGUGUACUGGAGCUCCACGUUGGGUUUUUCGGAUUCUUUUGUUUUUUAAUUGAUUGUGCGCCCAAGACUGAUGCAUUGAGUCGGGAGUGCCCUCGCAAGGCUGCACGGUGUAUAUGAACGACGUGGACAGGACGUGGGAGCGGUAUGAUCUGUCGCUCAGGUCGGAUCUCGGUCAUUCACUUUGACAUGAUGAGAACAUGUGAUGCGGAAUUGCAUGGCCCUGGUAGACAUCGCGCCCAUGAGCUUCCUUCUCAUCCUCUUCUUCAUCGUGGUCUCGGGAUUUGGGAGCAAACCCAGAAAGAAUAAAUCAAAGAGAACCGUGAGGUGUAUCUGUGUUGUUUGGUGCAUUGGCCGUAAUCUGGAGUACCAUAUAACCCUCGAGGGCUGGAAUUCUUUCUUAAUUCUAAGUUGUCUGAGUGUAUUUACGACUCAUGUGGAUGCUCACAGUGAACAGAGCCUACAAGAACUGCAGAUUUUGCUCAAAAACAUGACUCCCUUACUUGAGGUAUCGAAAGCGUCCUUGUAUGCACCUAUGCCAAGCGUACAAGGAUGCACUAAAAAGUUAAUGCUUUGCUACCUGCUGGAAUUGAAUGUCAUACUUCACGAGGAAAACGGUGAAGAGAAACACCUAUCUGUAAUUUACGACCUUAUAAAACAUUAUAACUCCGCCAACCAUUGCAGCAUGUGUUCAAAGUGUGAAGCUCACUCACUUGCCAACACCACAACGUUCUCUCAAAGGAUGAAUUCAUUUGUUAUGAUGCUGCUUUCAAAAAACAACACUUCUGAAUUUAUGGACUGUGAUUAGCACACUAAAUGUACACCAAAUUCAAGAUGUAAGUAAAUGUAAGUCUUAUUUUUUGUUGUUUUAUUUUUUUGCAUGUAGUCAAAGAGACUGAAACUGUAUUAAUGCCACAAACUUUAAUGCAAUGUUAAUAUUUAUUAUUAACCCAGAGAGCCUACAUUAUACAAAGUCGUUCUUAUGCUCAGGUCAAAUGUGCUAAUUUGAUCUAUCUAUUGUCUUUAGUUUUUACAAAUGUUCUAUAUCUAUUUUUUUAUACAAGUUGGGUUUCUUUUCUUUAAAUAUGUUUUAUGUAGCACAUAGGAAUAACUGUGAUAAAAUGUUUGAAUUCCUAAAACUUCUUACUAUGUUAAGGGAGGAGAUAAGAACACUGUUCUCAUAGCAAAUUCCUGUCAGCUGUGUUUAUUCCAGCUAGACAUACAGUAGGCUUAUUCUGUGUAUAUGAAAAUACUCCAACUAUGUGCUGUCUUGUCUAUGAUGUAGGAAUGUUAAACUUUGUGUUUAAGGUCAUGUUUUGCCCAAUAACUCUUCUUGUUUUUUAUUAAGUGGGUUGACCGUUUGAAAAAGCUCUAAAUAUAGAAGUGGAUCAGCCUUAAAUCAGACUGUUAGAGCGGGAUGGGUUCGCUGGACAGGUUUUCUAGCUAUUUAUCUAUUUGUACAUAUUCUUUGUUAAUGCAUUUCUCAAAAAAAAAGAAAAAGAAAAAAAAAUUAUCUGCCCUGGGUUGUAGUUUAAAAGGAAAACCAGUUCAAGCACUUCCAUAUUACUUUUACUGUACUCUAAUUCUUUGUUGCUGGGAUGAAAAUCAAUAUCUUCAUGUCGGAAAAGUGUCAGAGGCUCUCUUCAGGUGAGACGAGAUCCUGGAAGGAUUAAUGAAUGAAGGGAAAAGUUGGGAAUGACAAACAGACUAGGUCAGCAGCGGUGUUACAGUCUUUGUUUUGGACUGCAGUGGUGAAGCAGGACCUCAGGAGUUUUCAGAAGAAGCUGAUUUAAUGGACAUUCUACAUACCGGUCCUCACAUAUGGUGCACACAUCUUAUUGUCUAAUCGCUACAUCUGUACAGAGCUACAUGUUCGGACCAUUCGGAGUCUAAAUUAAACUAAUAAAGCAGUUAUUCACAUUGUGAGCCGUCGCCGUAUGUCACUUGCUUUCUGUUUUAUACUUUCUGAAUUUUGUUACUGAAAGUUUAAUGUUUGAAUGUAAUAAAGUACAGCUCAGACUUGCUGUGAGGUCACUUUUAGAAGCAAUCGAUAAUUAAUGAAUCACUGACAUCCUUAUGCUACAGCACUACUGCUCUUUCUAAUCUGAUUGGUCUGAAUAUGUUGUCUUUAGCAGCAGCUCUAAUUGUAGCUCUAUCUAGUCACAGGUUUAAUUAUUCAUUAUUAGGUCUUCUAUUAGAAUUAAAACCUCAUAAUGGACAGUAACUAUCAAGUGUCUUCUUUGUCAACUUCAGUCUUACCUGUUGAUGAAAAUACACCAUGACAAAACUA